CUCCUUCAUUUUUGUUGUUUAUCUCAGUUUCACACUUGUCUGAGCACUUUAGCACAAUAACAACAACAACAAAUGUCCCGUUGGCAUUUGCCUGCGUCGGCCGCGUCUCCCGGCUCCGACGACCCCGCCGCCGCCUCAUCACCGUCAGCACCCGAGCCGGGCGUCUCUUCCGCGGUCGCGACGCUGUCCACGGGCGCCAAGCAGCCCAGCAGCUGGCGGCUUCCGUCCGUCUCGCGCCUGCGCAGCGUCUUUGAAUCCUCGCCGCCGUCGCCCACCGCCGCCGCCGCCGCCCAGUCAUCGCCAUCAUCAUCAUCAUCAUCAUCAUCUCCAUCAUCAUCACCAGCGGGAGUGGGCUCGUCGAGGAUUGCGCGGGCGGCGCUGCAGCGGUCGACGGUCGAUGUCACUGCUGCGAAUCGGCGCUCUGCUGCGAUCUCGACUUCGACGUCCUUCACUCCUGGCGCAUCAGCAGCAUCAGCAGCAUCAACAUCAGCAUCAACAUCAGCAUCAUCAGCAGCAUCAGCGACGUCUCCUGCGAGCCCCGUGGACGCCGUCACUGGAAGCACUGCUGCGACGACAGAGCGCGACACAAGCAGCAGCAGCAAUGGAAGCAGCAAUGGAAGCACUCACUCUGAAGCCGUCGAGGUCCAGGUCGAGGUCGAGGUCGAGGUCAAGGUGGCCCCAGUUGCAGACGCAAGCCAAGCCCAUGACGAGACCAAGCGCCAGUCCAAGACAGCCGACGCCGACGAGCCUGCUGCUGCGACUGCUGCUGCUGCUGCGAAUGAGCAGAUUGGCGACAACUUGUAUGACGUGCUCCGUGCUGCUGAUGCUGCUGCUGCACAGAGUCCUCCUGCUCAAGGUCAUGGCGGCAAGGACGAGCGCGAUAGUGCCACGGAUGCCAAUGGCGGCGGCAACUCUGCCAGCGCAGUCAAGCAAGACGCGCAGGUCGACGGUGAAGCAACUCAGAUUGUCAAUUCCGACAACGACACGUACACGCAACCGAACAAGCAGAAUCGCCAGCAGGCGGCAGAACAGCCCGACGACACUUACACAGUGCUCACGCCGCCCGCGCCUCAUCCGAUCGCGCAGGCCGACAAUGAGGAGGUUGCCUCCAUGCGAUCCGAGCUGGCAGCGCUUCGGCUUGAGGUCCAGUCCGUUCACUUGCUCAAACGAGAAAUCACAGAGCUGCACAGCACGGCGAGCAGCCUACGAGAGUAUGUGGUUCGACUACGCGAGCAGUACAAAGCAGACAUGGCCGCCGUCCGCGCGUCCUUCUCCAACACGGCCACCGACGACGGUCAGGUUUACGCAGUGGCACAACCGUCAAUCCGCUCUCCAGUCGACAGAGCGUCCGAUUCCGUUGACUUUUCUAUGCACGUCUACGAAGCUUCAUCAAGUGUCAGUCAGACGAAUGGCUCGGCAAUAUACUUGACCAACGCCAGAGCUCCGCGCGAGUCGAUUGCAGAGGUGAACAAUCUGCUUGAUGAGAUUGAACGGCGUGUGGAGGUGCCGAUCGCCCCCUCGGUCCAAUCUGCGGCCGGACUCGCGAAACCUGCACCAGCUCUCUUCGGUCAAGCCAACAGCAUGGGUGUUCCGACCAUCAGUGCAAACACGUCCUCGUUCGCCGCUCUGAAUGCGUUCGCGAGUCCCGCGGCCUUGGCUGCUCAACCGAAUGCUCUGGGUCUGUCCGGCAAUGCCGUGGACGAGCAAACGCUCGCCGCCCCGGCUGCCCCGCCGCCGGCUCUGCGAUCCAAUCCGUCGCUUCGUCAAACUCGUAUCAGCCCUGCGCAGCAAUUGAACAUUAUGGAUCCAGAGGAGCUGCGUCAGCAGCAGCUCAAGCAGGCGCAGCGAAUCCAUUCCAUUCGCGAGCUUCACAUGUCUGUCUCUGGCCCUGCAUUGAAUGGUAUCUUUUCUGGAUCCUUGGCACGCAACAAUGCCAAACCCGAAAAUGGCAUUGCCAUCAAAGUCACCGGCGACACAGACGACGCGAGCGUGGAGCCGGUUGCGGAGCGAGUGACCUCGGUGAUUCCGACGACCACAACCUCCACCACCUUUGUGAAUGAAGUGCACAAGACGGGCUACAUGACCAAGCAGGGCGGGGCGAACAAGAACUGGAAGCGACGAUGGUUUGUGUUGACCGAGACUCAGCUCAAGUAUUUCAAAACGUCUGACUGUAUCAUUGACGACGAUUCGGAUCUCCUUGGACAAAUCGAUCUCAACGAGAUCUCCUGCGUUGAGAGUGCGACCAACAAGCGUUCGUUCUGCUUCAAACUCGUGACGCCCGAUCGCACCUACUUUAUCAGCUGUGAAAGCGACGCAGAGGCAGCUGAGUGGAUGUCUGCGAUCUCGUUGUGCAUGCAAAGCACGCGUCAGUCGAACGUCGAGGCCUUCAAAGAAGCCGUCUAUGCUGAACCAGAUGCCGCUGGUCCCGAGAUUGUUCUGAGUGACGCUGGUGUCGUCGUCAAGGGCUAUUUGACCAAACAAGGCGGCGGCAUCAAGUCCUGGAAAAAGCGCUGGUUUGUGCUUGGCAAGGAGUCGCUUGAGAACGUGCUGUACUACAAGGACGACAAGGAGCGCGAGUUGAUGGGCGGCAUUCGACUGACGGAUUGCACCGGUCCCGACGCCGUUUAUCUCGGCGCCGUCGAUCGGUUCCAGAACAACUUUCCAUUCGAAAUCCGCACCAGCAAGCGCAUCUACUACUUGGCUGCAUCGAACGCCAAGGAGCUCGAUGUGUGGUUUUCGGCCUUCAGGGACGCCCUGACGGUGUUGCUGCUGCAACGUCGCUUGAUUUCGCCCACGUUGGAGGGCGACACCUCUGGUGAUGACUUGGAUGAGCAGCACAAUCUUGCGGAUGCUCGCAAGUCCAUCCGCGGCCCGCCGUCGCCUCUGAUGCCGUCCUUGUCACCUUCCUCGACCUCGUCGUUGCCAGCUCUCCCUGCCCAGACGCCUCUUGUUGACCUGUUGGACGGAACUGAGACGGACGAUGCAAUGAUGCUCAAACUGAGCCGGAGUGCCUACCUCUCCAAGAAAGGCGGUGGUCACAGCGUCGGCACUUCCAAGGGCUGGAAACGACGAUGGUUUGUGCUGCGCGAGCAACAGUUCCCUCAGCGAGUCAUGCAGCUGCUGCAUCACAACCAAUACCUCAAGACGCCUGUGAUCGAUGUGUUUGGUCUGCUCUUUUACUAUCGCACUGAUAAGGAAAAAGAAUUGAUGGGCGUGAUCGAUCUGGCCGAGUGCUCUGGUGUUUCUGAGGCAAAGUCGAAAGGGCACGAGUUUGUCUUCCAAAUUGUCACUGCCGAUCGAACCUAUUUGCUGUCUGCGGAAAGCGAGCAAAGCCGACGCGAUUGGAUUCAAUUGCUUUCGACCAUUCGCCUGCAGGUCAAAGGCCACCGCGAGCGCCACCAGCUCAGUUCUGCCGGCAAGGAACCUGAGGUCGCAGGCACGAUCAGCGCAGGGCGGAUUGGCACCUCGACGAAAGCCAUUCCGCAGCUGCAUCCCGCUACUGCAGGUGCUCGCCCUACGUCUCCCGCGCCAGUUUCACCAACCUCGCCCCCUGCGUUGCAACAAGCAGGCAAUCCGUUCCCCGAGUCGCCCGAGCCCGAGCCGCUGGCCUCGCAGCGAGCAAACGUCGCCCAUUCGGACACUGAAGAUGAAGAAGACGGCGCGUAUGCCACCAUUCCCAAUCUGUCGCAGUUCUCGCGUGACCGAAGCGUGAGCGCCGACAGCGAAGGGGCCAUGGACUCUCAAAGCCCAUGAGAGUGACGAGAAAAGUCGUUGUGUUGAGAAACAAGAGCGAGGGAAGGAGAGAGGCUGGGGGAGUUUCCGAGGGCUUUAGAAUGGCUUGCGUUGUUACUUGUUUGUUGUUGUAUGCAUUUUACCUCAUUGUCAGAUUGUCAGGACGCACUGUUCCCAAUGCUAG